CUGACAUCUCCUUACCUGAGCUACCUUGCCGAUGGACCUGAUGAAACCGUAUCGCGUCGGCCGGCCAUCGCCAGUCCAUUCCUUUCAAGCCGACCACGUACCAAAUCACCAAGGGUACCCGACUGGCCUUGGCUCGCGCAGCCCAGCGAGCUAGGCAACGUGCCUUUGAUUCAUUCCCCUCUCCUCGUCUCCGCUCCUGGACGUGCCAGAAGCCAUGCCGUCGUCGAUAUAAGACCAUGUUCCCCUCCCCUCCUCUGCUGCUCAUUGCUGCCUCACUCCUCCAAGCACAUCUUUGUUAAUCACUGGUUUUCUCCCUCAUCUCUCACUCAUCUCUCUACCCGACAUCAUACAUCCAUCUGGCUUUCACCAUGGCUCCCAAGAUCGCCAUUGUCUAUUACUCCAUGUACGGCCACAUCCGCCAAUUGGCCGAGGCUGAGAAGAAAGGCAUCGAGAAAGCCGGCGGCACUGCCGAUCUCUUCCAGGUUGCCGAGACCCUCCCUGAGGAGGUCCUCGCCAAGAUGGGCGCUCCCCCCAAGCCCACCGACGUCCCCGUCCUCAGUGACCCCAGCACUCUCGAAGCCUACGACGCCUUCCUCAUCGGUAUCCCCACCAGAUACGGCAACUUCCCCGCCCAGUGGAAGGCUUUCUGGGACAAGACCGGCAAGCAGUGGAGCUCCGGCGGCUUCUGGGGCAAGCUGGCCGGCCUCUUCAUCUCCACCGCCUCCCUCGGCGGCGGCCAAGAGUCCACCGCCAUCGCGGCCAUGUCUACCUUCGCCCACCACGGCAUCAUCUACGUCCCUUUCGGAUACGCCAAGGCCUUCCCUCUGAUGGCCGAUCUUUCCGAGGUCCACGGCGGCGGCCCCUGGGGUGCCGGCACCUUUGCCGGCGCCGACGGCUCCCGUCAACCCACCGCCAAGGAGCUCGAGAUCGCCACCAUCCAGGGCGAGGCCUUCUACCAGACCGUCGCUAAGCACGUCGGUUGACUGCAUGGCAGCGAGGACGGAGCGAAGACUGAGAAGGAGACAUCCGGCGGGACCAAUGGGUCCACAGAGCCGGUCCCGCCGGCUCCUGUGAAGAAGGAUGAUGCGCCAGCGACGGAGACCCGAAAGGCCCCGCAGGAGUUGGACGACAAGGACGUCAAAACGGGCCCCUGCGGUCUGCCGAACAAGUGCGUCGUGCAAUGAGAGGCAUGCAAAAUCAAAUACCGUAAAACUUAUUCAAAAUAUGAUACCACGUUCUCCUUCAAACGAGUUGCACCACAAUCAGCCACAACUGUUGUA